CGAUGCCGUCUCCCGGAGGCCUGUAAAGGCCCUCGCCAGCGGCGCGCCCUCCUCCCGCCCCGGGCUCCGGCUGCCGCCGCUACCGCGCCCCACGCGGAGGCCUCGGCUGCAACCGGGAAGGUCGGAGGGAGGGUGGUUUCCUCCCGCCCCACACCCAGUCUCCGAGCCGGAUAUACAGAGUGUCACGUUUGGGAGCCCAACGAGGAGAGCGCUCUCCCUGCGGCGGGAGUACCUGCCGGGGCCUCGGGGAAGGACUGGGAUUUACAGGACCACUAGUUGAACCCCACCGCGUCGGAGGAGCAGGAACCUCUUUCUGGAGCUAUAAAAGACAAAGAGAAGAAUCAUGUCCAUGAUUGCAGCUUUCUAUGGUGGCAAGUCCAUUCUCAUCACUGGGGCCACAGGCUUCAUGGGCAAAGUGUUGAUGGAGAAGCUGUUUCGCACCAGCCCAGACCUGAAAGUCAUUUACAUCCUUGUGAGGACCAAGGCUGGCCAGACUACGCAGCAGAGGGUUUUCCAGAUCCUAAAUAGUAAGCUGUUUGAAAAGGUCAAAGAAGUCUGUCCAAAUGUGCAUGAGAAGAUCAGAGCGAUCUACGCAGAUCUCAAUCAGAAUGACUUCGCCAUCAGCAAGGAGGACAUGCAGGAGCUUCUCUCCUGCACGAACAUUAUCUUCCACUGUGCGGCCACUGUGCGCUUUGAUGAUCCUCUGAGGCAUGCCGUGCAACUUAAUGUCACUGCCACCCAGCAGCUCUUGCUUAUGGCCAGUCAGAUGCCAAAGCUUGAAGCCUUCAUACAUAUCUCUACAGCCUUUUCAAAUUGUAACCUGAAGCACAUCGAUGAAGUCAUCUAUCCAUGCCCUGUGGAGCCAAAAAAAAUCAUCGACUCCAUGGAGUGGUUAGAUGAUGCUAUUAUUGAUGAGAUCACACCCAAGCUGAUUGGGGAUCGGCCCAAUACUUACACAUACACCAAGGCCUUGGGAGAAAUGGUGGUGCAACAAGAGAGUGGGAACCUAAACAUUGCCAUCAUAAGGCCGUCCAUUGUGGGAGCAACCUGGCAGGAGCCUUUCCCGGGUUGGGUUGAUAACUUAAAUGGACCUAGUGGACUCAUUAUUGCGGCCGGGAAAGGGUUUCUCCGGUCCAUAAGAGCUACUCCGAUGGCAGUGGCAGAUUUAAUUCCAGUUGAUACAGUUGUCAAUCUCACCUUGGCCGUAGGAUGGUACACAGCAGUUCACAGACCUAAGUCAACAUUAAUCUACCACUGUACGUCUGGUAACUUCAAUCCUUGUAACUGGGGCAAAAUGGGAUUCCAAGUCUUGGCAACCUUUGAAAAAGUCCCAUUUGAGAGAGCUUUUAGGAGGCCGAAUGCGGACUUCACAACCAAUACCAUCACAAGCCAGUACUGGAAUGCAGUCAGCCACCGAGCCCCUGCCAUCAUCUACGACUUCUAUCUACGGCUCACAGGAAGGAAGCCCAGGAUGACAAAGCUCAUGAAUCGGCUGCUAAGAACAGUGUCCAUGCUGGAGUAUUUUGUCAACCGGAGUUGGGAAUGGAGCACAUACAAUACGGAAAUGCUGAUGUCUGAGCUGAGUCCUGAAGACCAGAGAGUAUUCAACUUUGAUGUGCGCCAGUUGAACUGGUUGGAAUACAUUGAAAAUUAUGUUUUAGGAGUUAAGAAGUACUUACUGAAAGAGGAUAUGGCUGGGAUCCCAGAAGCAAAACAACAUUUGAGAAGGCUCCGAAAUAUUCACUACCUCUUUAAUACUGCCCUCUUCCUCAUUGCCUGGCGCCUUCUCAUCGCACGAUCUCAGAUGGCUCGGAAUGUCUGGUUCUUCAUUGUGAGCUUCUGUUAUAAAUUCCUCUCCUACUUUAGGGCAUCCAGCACACUUAAGGUCUAAGAACAUUCAGCAAUCUCCUUUUAUCUGGAAUCUCCUGGAUACCUCCAAAACAGCAAACUGUGGUUCUUAAGAUUAGGAAGUAACAAAGAAUAUGCCCAAGCUCAUUAACUGUCAAACGUCUUGUCAUGUAUUCAUCCUUAUUUCUUCCCUAUGUAUUGUUUUUAUUUAAGUGAGAAAAGGAAAGUCAUAUCUUAGCCUACAAUCAUACAUAUCUUAGGAAAAUUUAUUUCCAGAUUGCCUCCUAACACUCUAUGCCCUUGAACAUAAAACACCAAAGUACAUCUG